AUACUUUUGCUGACAAAAAAUCGAGUUUCUAUCCAAGUAACAAAGUGGCAUAAACGCUUAUUAUGAUUGGAAGUUUUCGAUGAGAAAGAGAAGGAGGAAACAGUAGAGAGAAGAAGAGAUUUCAUGGCUGGUUUCUCGAAAGACAAUCUCACAGGUUUCCUGUUGGCUCUUUCGUCCAGCGUCUUCAUAGGUGCUAGUUUCAUAAUAAAGAAGAAAGGUCUCAGAAGAGCUGCUGCUGCUUCUGGUGUUAGUGCUGGAGUUGGUGGAUUUUCGUAUCUUUUUGAGCCUCUCUGGUGGUUGGGUAUGACCACAAUGAUCAUUGGGGAGAUUGCCAACUUCGUUGCUUAUGCAUUUGCACCGGCGGUUUUAGUGACACCACUUGGGGCGUUGAGUAUUAUUGUCAGUGCUGUAUUAGCUCAUUUCAUACUAAAGGAGAGAUUAGAAAACCUUGGGAUAUUGGGAUGUGGUAUGUGCAUAGCUGGUUCAGUGGUGGUUGUUGUUCAUGCACCGCAAGAACAUCCUAUUGAAUCUGUUCAACAAGUAUGGACUAUGGCAACUCAAACCGCCUUCUUGAUAUAUGUUGCUACAGUGGUCGUGUUGGUAUUCAUCCUCAUCUUCUAUUUCGCGCCUCAGUGUGGCCAUACAAACAUUCUAGUAUUCACUGGAAUCUGUUCUUUGAUGGGUUCUCUCUCGGUUAUGAGUGUGAAAGCACUUGGUACAUCAUUGAAAUUAACUUUCGAGGGGAAAAAUCAGUUAAUCUACCCGGAGACUUGGUUGUUUAUGUUUGUUGUUGCUAUUUGCGUUAUCACACAGAUGAAUUAUCUAAACAAGGCACUUGACACGUUCAACACCGCAGUAGUUUCGCCUAUAUAUUAUGUCAUGUUCACGUCUCUUACAAUUCUCGCGAGUGUUAUAAUGUUCAGGGACUGGGAUGAGCAGAGUAUUGGAAGCAUAGCAUCUGAAAUUAGUGGCUUUUUAGUCGUCCUUUCGGGCACCAUUUUAUUGCAUUCAACCAAAGACUUGGACAGAAGUACCUCCUCGUCUUUCAGAUCAGGGAAUUCAUCGAUGCCACCUUUGCUGUCAGCCCAGUUUCGCAGUGGAAAUGGGGAAAUGCUGAAGAACAACGAGAAAGAAGAAGAGUCGGGUUCUGAAGAUUUUUUUAUGAGGAGACAGGAAAUCCGGUAGACAAAAACAGAGGAAGGGUGAAGCUUCAAUCUUUCAUGUAGAUAGAACUGAGCCAAGCAUGAAGAUCAGUUCCAUUAUUGGUGGGGGGCUGGUUUAAUCAGCCAUUGGGAUGUUGGUGGUGAAAUGUAUUCUUUCUUCUAUUCAUUUGGCACAGAUGUAUAGUAUAGUCAAUUGAUUGAUCUCUAUCAUUUUUAAUAAUGGUCUGGGCCACAUCAUUUACAAGAUUGAAACAGGUGUGUAUGAGAAGGAUGGAAUCUCACUAAUCUGUAGUUCUGUACAUGUGAAUGGUUUCUAUUUGAA